AUGGCCUGGACGGCAAAGAUCUACAAGCAAGAGACUGAUAUCGACCUUGGAAAUAUCGAGAGUCUCUGUUCUCCACAGGGGACCCUCGCAAAGGCCCGACUCCCGCUGAAAGAGGUCGGAAACUGUUUGCUCAAGACCGCGAAUCACCUCGCUCUCCGCCUUUUGCCAAGCUUUCAUACCUCUGAACCCUUGUUCAACCCCAGACAAACCGUCUCCAACCCCCGAUCUGAAUAUUCCCGCCGCAGAGCCGUGAUUGGACUGCUCUGCCGGAUAGAAUCCUUCGAGCCUUCACUUUCGAAUUAUGCUUUUCUGGAGGAGGGGCGGGAUAGGAAUCAUAGGAUGUUCAAGCUUCAACCGGCACCUCUGGCACCUUUGCUGUUGGCACCAGACUGGGAGCGACGGAGUCCACGGGACCACAACGCCGACGUCGGCGGUGAUAAUAUCAUCGACCUACCUUAUCGGACGUCUCCAUCAUCCGUCCACGGGCGUAUCACUGCCGUGAACUUCAACUGCACCUUGGCAGUGCAGCAAUAUGCCUUCUCAACUGUGGUUGGGAUGGCUUGCAAAGGGACCGAAAGAUCACGGACGCAUGGCAGGGUCGAGGUCCCAGGGUCCAGGGGUCCUUCAUGA